CACAGAAGAAAAGCUUGGCCAAGCAGAGAAAACAGAAUUGGAUGCUCACUUAGAGAACCUCCUUAGCAAAGCUGAAUGUACAAAAAUAUGGACAGAAAAAAUAAUGAAACAAACUGAAGUAUUAUUGCAGCCAAAUCCAAAUGCCAGAAUAGAAGAAUUUGUUUAUGAGAAACUGGAUAGAAAAGCACCAACUCGUACAAACAACCCAGAACUUUUGGGACAGUACAUGAUUGAUGCAGGGACUGAGUUUGGCCCAGGAACAGCUUAUGGUAAUGCCCUUAUUAAAUGUGGAGAAACACAAAAACGAAUUGGAACAGCUGACAGAGAACUCAUUCAAACAUCAGCCUUAAAUUUUCUUACUCCUUUAAGAAACUUCAUUGAAGGAGAUUACAAAACAAUUGCUAAAGAAAGGAAACUAUUACAAAAUAAGAGACUGGAUUUGGAUGCUGCAAAAACCAGACUAAAAAAGGCAAAAGCUGCAGAAACUAGAAGUUCACAACUAAACUCAGCUCGCCUUGAAGGAGAUAACAUUAUGGUAAAUUUCUCUUACAUGCUCAACUUCCUGCAUGUAAAAUGGCUGAAGAUUUGGGCAGAGGAAGUAACAAAAUCUGAACAGGAAUUAAGAAUAACUCAAAGUGAGUUUGAUCGUCAGGCUGAGAUAACCAGACUUCUGCUAGAGGGAAUCAGCAGUACACACGCUCAUCAUCUUCGCUGUCUGAAUGACUUUGUAGAAGCCCAGAUGACUUAUUAUGCACAGUGUUACCAAUACAUGCUAGACCUCCAGAAACAACUGGGAAGUUUUCCAUCCAAUUAUCUUUCUAACAACAACCAGACUUCUGGGACUCCAGUGCCAUCGACUUUAUCAAAUGCAGUUGGUUCUUCUGCCAUGGCUUCAACCAGUGGCCUAGGAAUCACUCCUCCUUCCAACGUCACUGACCUUAAGGAAUCAAGUGGCAGCAGGAGGGCCAGGGUUCUCUAUGACUAUGAUGCCGCAAACAGUACGGAGUUGUCCCUUCUGGCAGAUGAGGUGAUCACUGUGUUCAGCGUCGUUGGCAUGGAUUCAGACUGGCUAAUGGGGGAAAGGGGAAAUCAGAAGGGCAAAGUGCCAAUUACCUACUUAGAACUGCUCAAUUAAAUAGGUGGACUAUGAAAAACCUACUCAUCAUGACAUCGUAUUUAUAUAUAAAUAACUAAAUAAAGCAGGUUUAAGUAUCUUCCAUGGUAAUGUCUUAAGAGACUGGAAAACAAAAACAAAAUCCCAGCCAUCAGAGACCAGCCCUUCUGACAAUAAAGUUGCAUGGUAAAUAUUUCAUUAAGAGUUUGUUAGCGCUUUCAUGCCAAGAAUGUUUUCUUAUAAAAUUCUCUUUCUACUGAGAUUUCACUAAUAAGCUGCUUCUACUUUUGAGCCCCAACUUAAAGCAGAAGAACUGUUUUCUACUGAAUUUUUCACUAACUACAAGUUUUUUCU